CACCUUCAUGAACCAAAAACAUACUUAUAUAGAGAACAGAAUCCAACUUCUUCUAUCAAUUCAGAUUCGCACGUUGAUCCUAAUCUUAAAUACAAAAAUCAACACCUAAUUAUGACCUGAUCUGAUAUUACCUCUCUUAUUCAAUCUUCCUGAUUUCUCAAUUUCAGUCCUAGGGUUUCAAAUUCCGUGACAUAUUCGCGUACUUGUUUACAGUUUAAAGAGAUGGCCGAAGCGAUGGAGACGGAGAUGGAGUUAUCUGAUGGUGAACAAACGAAUGCUAAUAAUGCAUAUGUUGCUGCUUCCCAAAACUCUGCUUCUGCUAUGUAUAACAGAAACCUUUUGGCUGCUUAUGGGAACUCACCCACUGGAUUAGAGAAAGUGAUACAAAGGAGACCUCAGGUUCAUCAUGAGCAGCUGCUACCUGGUUAUAUCUUUAUGUGUAAUGCGAGGACGAAAAAUGAUUGCUACCGUUACCGUGUUUUCGGCGUUCCAAGAGGAAGAAGAGACGUUGUUGAGAGUAUCAAACCAGGGAUGAAGCUUUUCCUUUAUGACUUUGAGAAGAGACUUUUGUAUGGUGUCUAUGAAGCUACUACUGGUGGCAGGUUGGAUAUUGAACCUGAAGCUUUUGACAUGCAAUAUCCUGCUCAGGUUGGAUUUAGAAUCCUCAUGAACUGUUAUCCCUUGCCAGAAAACGCUUUCAAGUCUGCUAUCUAUGAAAAUUACAAGGGGCCCAAAUUUAAUCAAGAACUUGCUCCUCACCAAGUUAUGUCUUUGUUAUCAUUGUUCCGUCCAUUUACUGCUCCAGAGAUCGAUCUGUUACCUCAGAGAUUGGCUUCUAGAGCUCCAGCACCAAGGACUCUAUCUUUUGAGGAAAGGUUCAUAGCUGCUACACAACUUAGAAAUGCUUCAUCUGUUUUAGAUCCUCUGUCUGCUCGUCAUGCAGAACCACGACCUGGCUCUCUUAUGGCCCAUCAGUCUGCUCCCCGCACAUCUCUGCUCCAACAUAGUUACUCCAGACAAGACGACUACACAACCCCACCUAGAGAUGGUCUGUCAAAUUUGAAUCAGCCUUAUUAUCCUACAGAAGCUCGGCAGCAACGGUUGCUCGGAGACCCUCCUCAGUCAGAUCCUCCUCGGUCAGACCCUCCUCGGUCAGACCCUCCGCGGUCAUCUAUACAGGACCCUCAACUUAAAUACCUUACCAUUUUAUCUAAUAUUCGGAGAUACGGAACUGCUUCAGAUUGCUUGGCGUCAGAAAGUGAAUAUAUUCCGGCAACACCAUCAGAGAAGGACCAGUUUGCGUCACCUUAUUCUGAUAAUAAAUAUCACCCGUCAACGUUAUCUGGGAAUGAGCAUCCUUCUGCACCUACAGCUAAUGGGAGUGUGUAUAGAAGUGAGUUCUAUACUUCACCAUCACAAAAGGAAGGGGAAGCUAGUCAGCAGCAUGAAAUCCCGGCUAGGACCUACUACCACCCAGAAGCAUCUACAGUUUCAAAUACUACAGUGUCCAUGCAACCAGAUAUGCAGGCAGUUAGUGCUUCUCAAUCUCAUACUGAGACAGCUGGCUAUCCUACACCGGCACAUGGUGAAGCUUCACAACCAGCUGCUGGAGCAAUUGCUUUCACACACCAACCUCAAAGUGUAGCGGGUAACUAUACCAAGCAUAUACAGGCUGGGAAUGUGGAAGAAAGUACUCAAUCGUAUGCUGGAACAAUGAGUUAUCCGCAGCAGCAAUAUUAUGCAGCUAUGGGGCAUACUACCCAACUCUAUGCUGGUGGAACUGGAUAUGUUCAAAACCCCCAUGAAAUUGGGUACGCCCAGCAACCUCAUGUUACAGUAAAUGGGUACCCUCAGCAACCCCAUGCUACAGCAACCGAGUACUUUCAGCAACCCCGUGCUGCCACAGCCGGGUACACUCAGCAACACCAUGCGGCAUCAACCGGGUAUUCUCAGCAACCGGCAGCUGGGUAUGCUCUACAACCACAUGCUCAAGCUGCUGAAUACACAACGCAACCACAUGCUCAAGCUGUUGGUUACAUGCCGCAAUACCAUCCUCAAACUGUUGUAUACAAUCAACAAGGUGUGAUGCAAGGUUCUGUACCAGGGGCUCCCGGGACAGCUGAUUGGAAUGCUGCAAACCAGGCAUAUUCUGCAACAGGAGAUUGGAAUGCGGUGAAUCAGUCUUAUUACCCUCAAACAGCGGAUGCAACCACAGCCUAUUAUCAAACAUCUUAAAAGUGUUGCGAAUCUGGGAUGGCAGAGAGAGGACUCUGUUAACUCUCGUAUACGACGUGGGCAACUUGUGCGUGGUGGGGAGGCAUGGAAUCAAACUGGUGCACUCAAAAGAAGGUCAAGGACAUUAUAGCUAGAGUCCCCAGCUCGUUUACUGUAAGUUUUUUUUCUAAAAAAAAGUUCUAUAUAAUGGUUUGAUCAUAUUCAUAUCUGAGCUGCACAAGAGGAAAUGCCUCAAACCAUCAAAACUUCUUGAAGUCCCAUUUCAGGAGUGCAAUCUGAAAUGCAAUUCUGAUUGGGAUGUAAAAUUAAGAAUCUUUUAUCAGUACUUAUCCUAAAACAUUUCUUUUGGUA